AUGGCCCGGAGACGUAGCACAACCAGCAUCUCAGCGACACGACCCAUCUUCCCAAGUUAUCUCCUACCAGGCUUUAAUUUCGCCUUUUAUCGGCGACGGUCAACAUCUACUUCAUCAUCAACAGCGUCAUCGAGCCCGGUGGACUCUCCCAUCUCCUCUGCAGCAACAACACCCGCCAACAGCCCACCGUCUCAUGAGCCCAUCGCCAAACACACUGCCUCACUGCCUCGGUUAUCUCGCAACGCCCCGGAUACCCUUCGCUGCAUGGCCUGCUCAACCGAUCUAGCACUCGCUUCUCAAAUCAUCUCCAAGGGCUUCACCGGCCGUUAUGGUCGCGCAUUCCUGGUCGCGCCGCCGCCUGCACCAGCGGACAGCAGCACCCUCUUGAACAUUCGCAUCGGAAGGAGUGAGGAUAGGCAACUGGUUACAGGGUGGCACGUCGUAGCUGAUAUUUCCUGCUCGACGUGCUCACGAAAGCUGGGGUGGAAAUACGUCGAUGCCAGGGAGCAGUCGCAGAAGUACAAGGUGGGCAAAUACAUUUUGGAGACGGAGCGGGUCAUGACACACCGGAGCUGGGAGGACUAUGAUGUUCAUAAUCUGGGAUUUAUCGACGAAGAAGGCGGUGAGAUGGACGAUCUAGCGAGCAGUGCGGGCGAGAGAAACAGUGACGAGAUUGUGUUUGAUUCCGACGAUGAGGAAGAGUGUGAGGAUAUAUUUGCGGGGACAUGGGAUGCUGCUACGGUGGCCAAGAGGAGGAGCGAGACGAUCGCGAGAAGGAUUUCUAUCAUGGAAUAA